AUGACCACCUCAGGGCCAACCUUUUGUACUUUAGCAGAAGUGGUAGAUUGGGCCCAUAGCACUUCUCAAUCUUUACAAUGCGCCUACCUUGUGAAUGAUAAGCGCCUGUGCACGGCCAAGUUCGGUCAGAAGGAGGCUCAAAACGUCCAAUUACUUUUUGAGAGCAAUCUCAGCAUUCUCACAGCACGGUCAGGGAGAUACACCCAGGCGUCCAGCCAAUUUCCAGUCCUUCAAAUUAUCGCUGCUAGACUUGUCUGUGAGAGACAUGGGAGCCAUGUCUCUAGAGUCGCCUUACAGUGGCUGGAUGAGUUCAAUGUGAUAAGAUCUUUGAUAAUUCGCACCCUGGAGAAAUACUACGGCUAUGAGAAUGACGAUACCCGUACCGAAGAGGAAUCUGAAGAGAAGGAUAAAAAGGACGAGCCCUUCUCAAAUGAAUCGGACGGAGAGUAUUUUGAGGCGCAGGAGCAAAUAUGCACAUCUGAAUAUGCGAACGAGGGUAUCUCGACACCACCGAGUCAAUCCCCAUCGCACAUUGGGGCCCUUCGCCGUACAUUUACUUUCGACGAAGACAGAGUGGCAAAGGACGUCACUUGGCACGUAAAGCAACCUAUCAGGGAAAAAGCCAUAGCAUCUGGAUAUGUCUAUAUCAUCAGCCCUUCCAACCUACCUGGAAAGUUCAAGAUUGGCCAUACUAAAGAUUAUCCUGAACUAAAUCGGCUCAAGCAACACCGGUGUUACGGAGACUAUAAUGUGAUCAAGACGGAGUAUACGCCGUAUGCCUUUCGCGUGGAACAACUACUGCUGGCAGAAUUUUCCAAUAAGCAUUUUACACUGGAAGAUGCCUGUUCAAAGCACGGGGUUCGUCACAAAGAGCUGCUUGAGAUUGACGAGGACAGUCUGAUUGAAAGCCUUGAAAAAUGGGUCAAAUUUGCCAAAUCUCCUUCAUACGAUAAGAAAUCUGGAGAAUUGUUGGAUAAAGCCAAGACAAGACUCCCUCCUCCGGCUUCAGAAGGCUACCUCAAGUGCGGAAAACAGCGCCGUCGACUCGUUGCAAGCCCGGGCUCAAAGAAGUCGACCCCAAAGAAGGAGGCAGACCAGGAUGGUGGAAUCACACCACAGCUGACUCCGAACUUUAAUAAGAGUCCGACGCCGACAAUCAAGUCCAUCAGUGUCAACGAGGUCGAGCUGGAUUCUGAUGGAUUAGCAUCAGACUUUGACGAUCUUCAGCUCUCGCCUUCACGGAAUAGGCGAAGGGUUCGCUAG